AUGGACGGUCCUCUCCGCCGCCCAGCGGGGAUCCUCGGCUCCCCCUCGGCUUCUGGGAGCCAGCCCGCGGGCUCCGACAUGCUCACCUCCGGCGGCAGCAGCAGCAAGCCUCUCGCUUUCUCCAUCGACCGGAUUAUGGCCAGGACGCCCGAGCCCAAGUCGAUACCGCUUCCCAGCUGGUUCCAGUCCGCUCCCGUGGGGAAACCCGACGCCUGUCCGUCCUCGCUGUGCUAUUUUGUAUGUUUCUCGCUUUCUGUGCACUCGGGUACGAGCCGGGCACCGCUCAGUGUCACCGGGCUGGAUCCGGGGCCCACUUCGUACGCUUCUUCUCUCGCCGCUCCGCAGACUUUUUGGGGCUUUGGGUUGAACUACAAGAACCAGCAGGAGGACUCCGCUGUGAGCCAAAGCAGCGGCCAGUACAAACUCUUCGACCCCGCGUGGUGAACCAGGUCCUCCUUCCCCCCAUGGUCAACCGUGUGCUACCUUGAAACUGCAGCGGGGGACAGCGGGUCGUGUCCGCCGUCCGGCCUGGUCAACUGCAGCCCGAUGCCAUCCUACUUGCUCACCGCCCGAGCACAAAGCCUUCAUGGCGAGAAAAGCAAGCCGGGCCUGCAGCAGGCCGGGAGCGGUACCGGUGUCCGGCGUUGGCGGGCCUUCAAGGAGCUUGUCUCAGAGGCACCAGAUCCAGCACACUAACAUUGAAGAGCGGGACCAAUCCUCACCGACAAGAUCUUCAAGGGCUCUAGGCUGGCGGCGGCGGCGGCGGCGGCGCGGCUCAGCGGGUCCUGUCCCGGCAGCAAGCCCAAAGUUUUCACCUGCGAGGUCUGCGGCAAGGUGUUUAACGCGCACUACAACCUGACCCGCCACAUGCCCGUGCACACCGGCGCGCGACCUUUCGUGUGUAAAGUUUGCGGGAAAGGAUUCCGACAGGCGAGCACACUGUGCCGACACAAGAUCAUCCACACUCAGGAAAAACCGCACAAGUGUAACCAGUGCGGGAAAGCCUUCAACCGCAGCUCCACCCUCAACACGCACACGCGCAUCCACGCGGGAUACAAACCGUUCGUGUGCGAGUUUUGCGGGAAAGGAUUUCAUCAGAAAGGAAACUACAAGAACCACAAGCUGACGCACAGCGGGGAGAAGCAGUUCAAGUGUUCCAUCUGCAGCAAGGCGUUCCACCAGGUGUACAACCUCACCUUCCACAUGCACACGCACAAUGACAAGAAGCCCUUCACCUGCCCCACCUGCGGCAAGGGCUUCUGCAGGAACUUUGAUCUGAAGAAACACAUCAGGAAGCUGCAUGACCCGGCAGGCCCGCAGUCGCCCCCGCAGGCCUGA